AUCUCUCUCCCACUCCCUCUCCUUGUUUUUACUUUCUGUCGUCGGUGUUUCAGACCAGCAUCAAACUAAACCCCUAAACUCCAGUGUGACUCAAGAAAAAAGAAGACUUUACUAAUGUGUGGAUAAGAAGAACAUUUCAACAGAAUGGGUUCCAAUCACAGCAGUGACACACUCCAUUGUAAUCGCUACCUGAAAGGACAGGGUCCUCAAUCACUGGCACAACGAGUAAAUGACGGGAUGAGUUGGAGGAUCACAUCAUCAAAUGUUUAUCAACCUGAAGCCAAAAUGAGUUUGGAGAUUCUCCACAAAAAAAUGCCAGGUUUUCCUGAUGCCAACACACUGAAGAUUACUUACAGUUUUGCUAAAGGCAUACAGACAGAGAAACAUCCCCACCCUGGCCAGCCAUAUGCACAGAAACAGGUGUGUACAUACCUCCCUGAAAACCAUGAGGGGCGGACUGUCGUCACUUUGCUGGAGAAGGCCUUCAACCAGCAGCUUUUGUUUACCAUUGCUACCAAUGAAAGUGGAGAAGAUGUUAUCACACCAGCCUCUGUUCCACUAAAAAUACAACAUGAAGAAGAAGGAAGCAUAAUUGAUGGCUACCCUGAUGCAAACUACCUGACGACAUUGAGUAAAGUACUGAGAAGUAAAGGCAUCAAGUAAGACAUGAUGGGAUUCCCAUUACUGCUGGGAUGAUUGAAGUCACAGGCUCUAGUUUAAAACAAAUACAUGUCAAUAAGGAUUAACUACAAUAUUUCCACUUUGUGAAUAAUUAAAAUAUAUGUUUAUGAAAUGUUUGAUGUAUUCUGCACACAAGAUUUGAAUAAAACUAUGUUUAUAUGUCCAAAAAGAAAAGAUUAUAUCACCCUACUUUUGCAUGUUUUUUGUUUUGCAAAGAUGCACAAUGCUUAGACAUUGUGCAUCUUUUUCUGUCCUUGUUUCCAUCUGAAACUGUGCUGUGUCAGAUGAAAUUUAUUAAAUGUAUAUUGGGAGAUUAUUGCAUGUAUAAAUAAAUAAUUUGUUAAAGA